CAAGUUCCAACAACUCAUGUCGUUUACUUACUUACUUUGUGAUGCUGCACAUACUCCCAAAUGGUAUGGAAGGCUUAACACCUGAUAACUCCUUCGGUUGAUGUUACUGUUGUGUGAUGCGGUGUUGCCUUUGAGCGAGAUGUUUUGAAACUCCGGCCCUCUUCUCGUGUAUAUACAUUGUCUUCCGCUGUCUCUCGCCGCAUUCCGCAGGGAUAGUAUCGUUUAUUCGUCUUCUCAGAAUCGACUUCCGCUGCCCACCGCCAAGAUGGAUAUGGACAUGGAUAUGUCGGGCAUGGGCCACAUGUCUAUGGGAAAUGGCGUGCCUGGUCUGUUCUACCUCCAGAAAAUGUACUGGGCAGUCAUAGGUAGUGCUGUCGCCGCGGGUACCGUUGUGAACCUGCUCAAUCGCUACCUUGCCUAUCAAAGACUUCGGGACACUUCCCUCACUCCUUCCAAGCCCAAGUCGCUGUUCUUCAACACGUAUGCCACCCUCACGGCAGUUGUCCGCGAGUCCAGCUAUGCGACGCUGCCUCCGCUAUCAAUUCGCAGCCACACCUUUCAUUUCGCGCCACUGGGCCCAGUGGCCGUCAUCCUAGCUAACCUUGUUGUCGUGCUGGUCUUUUGCUUCUACAAGCUGGACACAACCGACCAAUGGAGCUGGGAGAACGUGGGCUACCGGACCGGGUUCGUCGCCAUCGCACAGUUGCCUCUGAUCUUCCUGCUAGCCGGGAGACAGAAUCUUAUCGGAGCCCUGGUAGGCAUGAGCUAUGAACGCUUGAACUGGUACCAUCGGUGGGUGGCUCGAACGCUAUGGCUGACGGCCACCAUCCACAUGGCAUUCUGGUUCCGUGACUGGGGUCGGUACAACUAUAUCACAUACGAAAUCAAGAACUACCCCUUGGUUGCACGGGGUCUAGCCGCAUGGGUCAUUUUGACCUGGAUUGUGGUCACCUCCGCGGCGCCGAUCCGUAGGUUCGGAUAUGAGUUCUUUGUCCUGCAACACCUUGUCACGUUUGUUGGGUUCAUCGCGGCCGUCUGGCUGCACGCCCCAGCGGAGGUCAAGGUCUGGAUCUGGAUUUCGAUUGGGUUCCUCGUUUUCGAUCGAGUGGCGCGCUAUCUCUGGGCUACGUACAUCAAUAUGUCUAUCUUCCAUCGUUCGAGAUCCUCGAAACACGCACUCUGGGCCAACCAGGCGACUUUCACCCCUCUGCCGGGGAAUGUCACCCGCGUCACGAUCGAAAAUCCGGGUGUCAGUUGGAAGCCGGGCCAACAUGUGUUUCUCACAUGCCAUUCGAUUGCCCCCUUACAGAGCCAUCCAUUCACGAUCGCCUCCAUCCCCGAAGACAACAAGCUCGAAAUCUUCGUACGCGCCGAGAAAGGUGGAACCCGGCGUUUCUUCCGUUACGCGUCCAAACGCCACGAUGUGCUCGGAUCCGGGGAAGUUGCAUCAUCAAAACAGACGCGGACGGUGUUUCUCGAAGGUCCCUACGGUCAGAUGAGGCCGCUCCAGCAGUUCGACAGCGUGGUCAUGCUAGCGGGCGGAAUGGGUGUGACAUAUACCAUGCCAUGUCUGCGGAGCAUCGUGGCCAAAUGGAAGAUAGAUUGCGCACAGAGCGGGCCAUCAGCCAAGCGCCUCGCGGCAACCAAACGCAUCCGCUUCGUCUGGGUGGUCAAAUCGCGGACCCAGCUCAGCUGGUUCGAGAGCCAGCUGCAGUCCGUGCUGGCAGACGCGGCCGAAUGCCAACGCGCCAAUCCCGAUAUCAUCCGGGAGAUCGAGCUGAGCAUCUACAUCACCUGCGACGAGAAGCUCGAGCAGCCGGCUGGGACGCAGGCCACUCUGUGCGCCCAGACACCCUCCACCGUCGUAGCCCAGUCCAGGGCGUCAAUCGAAACGACGGACGAGAAACGCACCGAGAAGCUCGUCGAAAAGGACGACAUUUCCAUCCGGGAGACUGGUUGUCAACCAGGCGGAGGCUGCUGCUGCACCGCAACCAUCGAGGAUGAAGACGUGACCUGCACGAACAAGUGUACCUGCUCCGGACAUGCGGGAACCGCUACUGCAUCAUCCGGCUCCGAGAAAGCCGCGGAGAAGCCAGCAUCAGCAGAUAAAAAGCCCACAUUCCAAGCCCACCCGCUGAUGGUAUUGUCUGGUCGCCCCCAGACCCGCAACAUUAUCCGCAAGGUGCUCGAACGAGCCGAGGGUGAGAGCGCGGUGGUCGUCUGCGGGCCGCAGGGCCUGGCGGACGAUACGCGCCGCAGCGUGGUGUCACUGAGCGAUGAGCGGGCGGUGCACAAGGGUACUGGAGCGCAGGGGAUAUACCUGCAUAUCGAGCAGUUCGGGUGGUAGUAUAUUAGCAACGAC